AUGGCGGCAGGCUCUGAAAAAUGGCCGCUUCUCUUCGCCUUGCUUCUAGGGGCUGCUGUUUUGACAGAAAUCCAUCGGCCUGGAUACUGCUCCUUCUAUGGCGACUGUGGCAGGAACCCAGAAAUCAGUGGCAGCCUCAUUGAGCCCAUUGUGCCUUGCAUCUCCAACACCCCGGCCCAGCUGCUCUCUGGCUCCCACCUGAGCCUCCUCAAGGCCAUCUGCCCGAUGCUCUUCACAGGGGACAACAACACCUACGCCUGCUGCUCAGAGGCCCAGCUGCGAACCCUGCAGGCCAGCAUCACCCUGUCCCAAGUGGUGCUGUCUCGCUGCCCGGCCUGCUCAGAGAACUUUGCCAACAUCUACUGCCAGAACAUCUGCAGCCCCAACCAGAGCCUCUUCACCAAUGUCACCCGCUAUUUCAGCCGCACCAUCCAGGGCAGCCCGAAGCUGGGCGUCCUGGAGUAUCAGUGCUUCUACAACGAGCGCUUUGCUAACGAAUCCUACAACUCCUGCAAGGCAGUCAGGCUGCCAGCCACGGGUGGGUAUGCCAUCAGUGCUAUGUGUGGCAAGUACGGGGCCACCUUGUGCAGCAGCCAGCGGUGGCUAGACUUCCAGGGGGACCCGAGCAACGGGCUGGCUCCCUUGGCCAUCGCCUUCCAUCUGAUGCCCGAUGGCAGUGCUGCUGUCGGAGGGGGCAUUGUGCCACUCAAUGGCACAGCUUGGAAGUGCAGUGAGGAGGUGAACUAUGGCACUGGGGAGAGGUGCACCUGCCAAGACUGCCCCCAGUCUUGCCCAGCCAGCCUGGCUCCCCACCAGGCACCCUUGCCCUUCAUAGUGGAUGGGCUCCUGUUUGUGUGCUCCCUCAUCUUCUGCCUACUCAUGCUACUGUUGGUGUCCUUCUUGUUGUGGCGAAGCUGGUCCUCCCCUGAGAGGCCAAAGGACCAGGGCCCAAAGAGCCUGACUGUCUCUGAGAAGGUGAGUCAGGCUGCCCAGGACUUCCUGGCCAGGGUGUUCAGGAGCUGGGGCUCACUGGUUGCCUCCCAUCCUAUCAUAGUCAUUGCCAUCUCGGUGGUGGUGGUGGCAGGGCUCUCCAGUGGACUGGUCUUUCUCCAGCUCACCACUAACCCUGUGGAGCUCUGGUCCUCCCCUGAUAGCCAGGCUCGGCAGGAGAAGGCCAUCUAUGAGCAGCACUUUGGGCCCUUCUUCAGGACUAACCAGGUCUUCCUGACAGCCAAGCGCCAUCCCAGCUACACCUAUGAUUCUCUCAUCCUGGGCAAGAAGUCCUUUAGUGGAGUCCUCUCCAUGGAAGUGCUACUGGACCUGCUGGACCUGCAGGUGAGGUUGCAAAACAUCGAGGUCUGGUCUGAAAAGCACAACAAGACCAUCUCCCUGAAAGAUAUCUGCUAUGCACCCCUGAACCCCCAAAAUGCCAGCCUCUCUGACUGCUGUGUUAACAGCCCAUUGCAGUACUUCCAGAACAACCUCACUCACCUGGAGUUGACAGCCAACCAGACACUGAGAGAACAGGUUGGAACGGUGGACUGGAGAGACCACUUUCUCUAUUGUACCAACUCACCACUCUCUUUCCAAGACAUCACAGCACUGAAGUUGAGCUGUAUGGCAGACUAUGGCGCACCUGUGUUCCCGUUCCUGGCACUUGGAGGUUAUCCAGGGUUGGAGUACUCGGAAUCACAAGCUAUCAUCCUGACCUUCUCCCUGAACAACUUCCCUUCCCAUGACUCCCGUUUUGACUUUGCGAUGUUGUGGGAGGAGCAGUUUCUGAAGAUCUUACAGGAAUUCCAGCAGGAAUAUGCUGACAACUACACCAUUGCCUACAUGGCCGAGCGCUCCCUGGAGGAUGAAAUAAGCCGCACCACCUGGGAAGACCUCCCCAUCUUUGCUAUCAGCUACCUGGUGAUCUUUCUGUACAUCACACUGGCCUUGGGCGAAUACUCCAACUGCAGGCACAUCCUGGUGGACUCCAAGGUGACGCUGGGCCUGGGUGGCAUCCUGGUGGUCCUGGGGGCUGUCCUGUCAUCUCAGGGCUUCUACGCCUUUCUGGGGGUGCCCUCCUCCCUCAUCAUUAUUGAGGUCGUACCUUUUCUGGUGCUGGCAGUUGGUGCCGACAACAUCUUCAUCUUCGUGCUGGAGUACCAGCGAUCAGAACUACAGCCUGGGGAAGCCAUAGAGCAGCGCAUUGGGCGGGUCUUGGGUGAUGUCGGCCCCAGCAUGCUUCUCUGCAGCCUCUCUGAAGUCAUCUGCUUCUUCUUGGGUGCCUUAACUCCGAUGCCUGCUGUUCGGACUUUUGCCCUCAAUGCUGCCCUGGCUGUGCUCCUGGACUUCCUGCUCCAGAUGUCCAUGUUUGUGGCCCUGGUGUCUCUGGAUGCCCACAGGCAGAAGGCCUCCCGCCUGGACCUGUGUUGCUGCCUCCGCCUUGAGGAAAGGGCUCCUGAGAAGAGGCACGAUGGGCUCCUCGGCACUCUCAUGCAGCGCUACUACGCGCCCGUCUUGCUCAACGGCGUUGUCCGCACCCUGGUGGUGCUGCUCUUCACCAUCCUGUUCUGUGCUGGAAUCAUCCUGAUGUUCAACAUAGAAGUGGGGCUGAACCAGGAGCUGUCAGUGCCCAAGGACUCCUACAUGCUGCAAUACUUCCAGUACCUGAACCAGUAUUUCAUGGUGGGAGCCCCAACCUACUUUGUCACCACUGGGGGCUACAACUUCUCCACGGUGGCAGGAAUGAAUGCUGUCUGUUCCAGCUCAGGUUGUGAUGACAACUCCAUGAUGCAGAAGAUCCAAUAUGCCACACAAUUCCCUGAGGAGUCCUUCCUGGCCAUUCCAGCGUCUUCCUGGGUGGAUGAUUUCAUUGACUGGCUGAAUCCCUAUUCCAGUUGUUGCCGCAUUCACCGUUUUGGCCCAUGGAAGGGCCAGUUCUGCCCGUCCACAGACGCCUCCAUUUCCUGCUUGUGGAACAAAUGCAUGGCCAGCUCGAAUGGGACCCUACGGCCUGAUGUGAAAGAGUUCAACCAAUUCCUGCCCUGGUUCCUCCAUGACAAACCCAACCUAAAAUGUCCCAAGGGGGGCCUCGGUGCCUAUGAUACAUCCGUGCAGCUGGCACCCGAUGGGGACAUCCCAGCUUCUCGGUUCAUGGCCUACCACACACCCCUGAAAAACUCACAGGAGUACACAGCAGCACUGAAGGCAGUGCGGGAGCUUGCGGCCAGCAUCACAGCUAGCAUGCGGCAAGUGCCUGGCACCGAUCCCAGCUUCCAGGUCUUCCCAUACACGAUCACCUAUGUGUUCUACGAGCAGUACCUGACCCUAACGAUAACUGGCUUCAUCAACCUGGCCCUCUGCUUGGUGCCCACAUUUGUGGUGUGCUACAUCUUGUUGGGCAUGGACCUGCGCUCUGGCUUCAUCAACCUGGUCACCAUCAUCAUGAUUGUUGUGGACACUGUGGGAGCCAUGACGCUGUGGGGGAUCUCCUACAAUGCCAUCUCACUCAUCAACCUGGUGACAGCUGUGGGCAUCUCGGUGGAGUUUGUGUCCCAUAUCACCCGCUCCUUUGCUGUCAGCACGAGGCCCAGUAGGCUGGAGAGAGCCAGAGAAGCCACUGUCAACAUGGGGAGUGCGGUGUUUGCUGGUGUGGCCAUGACCAACCUGCCAGGCAUUGUGGUCCUCGCUUUUGCCAAGGCCCAGCUCAUCCAGCUCUUCUUCUUCCGCCUCAACCUCAUCAUCACGCUCUUGGGGAUGCUGCAUGGCCUGGUUUUUCUCCCUGCUGUUCUCAGUUUUUUUGGGCCUGAUGCCAGACGGUCUGGGGUGCAAGCACAGCUGAAGCGGCAGGAAAAGAGCAGCCUGGCCUUCACCAACAGCCUUGCUUUUGAAGGCAAAGAGAGUCCGAGCCACGGUGUGACUUCUCCUGCGGCAGGCUCAAAGGAGGCCCAAGCACGGGAUGUCCGUGUGGUAGAAGCAGCGACCCAGGAGGAUGCAGCACCUUGA